AUGAGAGAUCUAUCAAGAGAGCAAAAUCCGAAGCUAAAGGGCACUCUCCCAAGUGACACAAUUGCAAACCCAAAAGGUAAUGGGAGUGGUCCUACUUCUCAUUGUAUGGCAAUCACAACUCAAAGCGAGAAAAUACUUCAAGGAGAAAAUGAACAAAUGGUUGAAGUGGAAGAUCUUGAACAAGGGGUUGAGGCACAAGUUGAGGUGCCAAUUAUUGUUGAAGUUGAAAAACUCCCAAAGGAAGUGGAAGUUCAAGAAGUGGACUUGAACAUUCCAUUUGUGGAAGCAUUUCAAGAGAUGCCGGGUUUUGCUAAAGACUUGAAAGACUUGAUCACCAAGAAGAAAACCACCAAGAAUGAAGUGGUGAAUAUGACUCACCGAGUUAGUUCCAUCAUUGCAAUAACCACCGUUCAAAAGAAAGAAGACCCGGGAGCUUUUAAAAUUCCAUGCACUAUUGGGUUGCGCGAUUUAGCAAGAGAUCUUUGUGAUAAUGGGGCUAGCAUCAACUUAAUGCCUAUUGCUAUUUACAAGCAAGCGGGGUUAGGGAUGCCGAGGCCUACAAGUAUGAGGUUGCAAAUGGCCGAUCGUUCAAUAAAGAGACCGGUGGGGAUUGUUGAUGAUGUUCUUGUGAAAGUGGGAAAGUUCCUCCUUCCCACCGACUUUGUGAUCCUUGAUUUUGCUGUUGAUAAAGAAAUCCCUAUCAUCUUGGGGAGACUAUUCCUUGCUACCAGAAGAGCACUUAUGGAUUCAGAACAAAAUGAGAUCAAGUUCCGAGGUAAUGAUGAAGAGGUUACUUUUCAAGCGAGUAAGGGUAUGAAAUUGCCACAUGCAUAUGAAAGCAUCUCAGUCAUUGAUGUUGUUAAUGAGGUAGAAGAUGCAAUCGAGAUGAAAAUGGAAGAAGAAUGA